GACAGUCAGGUCCCCUAAGUGGAGAGUCGAGAGCACCAGCGGACCCCGCAGCCAAGCUGAUCAUGAUGUGGUUUUCUCCCAUGAAGCUUCAGACAACCGUGGCCACAGGAGUGGAACCCCCUCCCACCAGGAAACUCAAGCUCCUUUUCCUGGUUCUCCUCGUGUCUCACCUGGCCUGUGACGCCCAGGACAUAUCCGAGUGCUGCAGGCAGAACCACCGCACCUGCCGCCUGUACGUGCUGCUGUGCCGCCCGGGGAGCGGGGCGAGAGGAGUCCUGGUGGGCGACGCGGCUGCUGGCAUCCUCACCCUGGGGAAACGAAACGGAGAAGAGCAGCGCUUCCAGAGCCGACUCAAUCAACUCCUCCACGGGUCCCGCAACCAGGCGGCAGGGAUCUUGACAAUGGGAAAGAGGACAGCUGAAUACUUCCUGAUGCCCGUGUCAGCGACGGUCACAUCAGCUGCACUGGCUGUUUAAAGUUGAUGGAUGUAAUAUAUGGCUGCCCUGAUCAAUGGCUACUGUUUGUCAAAAGAUAACAGUAGACCUACUCUUCCAUGGAGACAAGCCCUCUGUUAUCUGUCCCCCCACCCCCCCCCCUCUCUAUAUUGAUAUGAACAUACAUGUUAGAGAAGAUUUAUUUUUCUUGUUGAUGACAUCAAGUCAAGUGUACAACUUGUUUCUGUAAAUAGUGUAAAUGACCUGAACGAUGUAAUAAAAUGUGGUGAUGCUUAUA